AUGGCCUCCAUUGAGAUUCUCGACGGAGGGCUUGGUACUUCCCUGCAGGACCAGCACGGGGUUACUUUUGACUCCUCCACUCCCCUCUGGGCCUCCCACCUGCUCGUCUCCGACCCCACUACCCUCCUUGCCUGCCAACGGAACUUCAUCAACGCUGACACCGACGUCCUCCUUACAGCAACAUACCAAGUCUCUAUCGAGGGGUUCGAGCGCACAAAAACCGUGGAUUAUCCCACGGGGAUCCCUCGGAAUGCUAUCGCCAAGUACCUCCGCACCGCCAUCGAUAUUGCCGAACAAGCAAAGGGCAACAGCACGGCGAAGAUUGCACUGAGUCUGGGACCGUAUGGCGCAUGCAUGAUUCCUGGGCAGGAAUAUAGCGGAAAAUAUGAUGCGGAGCAUGAUACUGAGGAGAAAUUGUUCCAAUGGCACCUGGAGCGGCUGCGGCUGUUCCAGGAGGCCGAUGAGAGAUUGUCCGAGCGGGUACAGUACGUUGCGUUCGAGACAUUGCCACGGCUGGAUGAGAUUCGUGCGGUCAAAAGGGCGAUUCAUGCGGCUGGAUUGAAUGUCCCAUUCUGGGUAGCAUGCGUUUUCCCUGGUGAGCAGGCGGCCCUGCCAGAUGGUAGUUCUGUUGAAGAAGUUGUGACGGCGGCGUUGGCUGAAAUGCCGGAUCAGUCGGUGCCUUGGGGGAUUGGGAUCAAUUGUACCAAGAUUCACAAACUGAAUGGCCUGAUGCGGAAUUUUGGGGAGAAAAUUGCCAGUGCUAUGGCUGCAGGUCGAGUAUCAACCGUCCCAACUCUAGUGUUGUAUCCAGAUGGGACGAAUGGGGAGGUUUACAAUACGACCACGCAGACAUGGGAGAAGCCAGAAGGGUAUACCAAUGACGAUGCUCGUCCCUGGGAAAAGCAACUUGGACAGAUCGUCAACGACGCUGGUGCAAACGGCCCGUUCACCUCAUUCCUGGUCGGCGGCUGCUGCAAAGCCUCCCAUAAUGACAUUCGAAAGCUGGCGGAGCAGCUCAAAUCUCAGUGA